AUGGACUUGGCGCACCUCCGCCACAUCGGCCUCUUGGACUACGAGCCGAAGCUGGCGACCGGAGAGGCCUGCCAGCCGCCGGAGCCUUUGGACGUGCCCGGGGCGCAGGGCUCCCGGUGGUCUCCCCAAAGCUUAGCGGAGACCUUGCAGAAGCUUCCCGUGGCCAAGCUCUUCCCCGAGCUUUGCGCAGAGGUCAUGGAGAUCAUCGGGCGCUGGUACCAGCACUUCUCUCUGCGCCUCUGGAGUCGCAUGAUGAAGGUGACCAAGGGCUCGGCGCACCAGGUUCCAUGUGUACUGAAGGAGCUGAACGAGUCGGCACCCGUCAUCGCCCGGGUGCGGAAAUGGGUAGCAGAGCUUCCCGCCUCCUCACCGAAGGCUGUGAUCCUGGAUUUGGGUGCGGGCUUCGGCUUCCUGUCCAUGUUCCUCUCGGAGCUUUUGCCGCCGGAGAAGGUCAAGGAGUUUUGCCUCAUGGAUAUGAGCUACCCCAACAGCGGGGUUGACAACUCCAACGGCACAACCUCCGUUGAACACAUCUACAAGCAGCCCUGGAGGAUCCACAUGUACACUCUCAAGGUGGACCUCAAGAAGAAGGCGACCUUGAACCAGAUCGCGCAGCGCCUGCUGAGCGCACCCUCACAGUCCAACGACCCGAGGCCUGCCCCGGUCUUCGCCUGCGGGGUGCACUUGUGCAACACCUUGGGCAUCCGCGCGGCGCAGCUCUUCAAUGAGAACUCGGAGGCGAAGCCUGGCGCACGAGGCUCUGUUCAAGCCCAUGUCAUCGCCGAGCCUGACAGCUUUGUGACCUGGCACCUGUCCCGAGCUUGUGCUCGUGCUUGCCGAAGGGCUACAUACUGGUGUGGCUUCGUCACCUUCUUCCAGCCGCAGAUUGGCAAACGGGGUCGUAAGCACAAGCAGGUGGAUUGCCCCAACGCCAAAUACUUUUUUCUGUCAGCUCCCAACGGGAUAGCUCGCAGUUGGCUCCGCAGAUGGCGCUACCGCCUCUACUUGCAGAGGGCGAGUUUUCAAGCAGAGGCCACCUUGCUGCGACUGCUGCAAGCUCAUGUUCGGCUUCGUCUUCGGGAGCAGCUUCGCCAACUUUGGGCCCGUGAAAUCUUGUGUCGCCGUGCCGUUGAGGCCGGGGUGAACGAGGACUUCCACAAGCAGGCUUUGAAUGGUCCUUUGGAGGCGCUCAUAGCUGGAGCUUGGAAAUGGUAUGAGCCUCUUAUGUUCUCAAGGCGACUUGCUCAGCUGGAUUCUUCUGGAGAUCGGGCAGACAUCUUGGCCAUCGAUGGCAACGCCAAGUUGCACAGGAGCUCUUGCAACACGCACAAGGAGUCGCCAAAAGAGGCCCACGCAGCUGCUCGGAGUGCUGGCUACCUUCUUGCUGUUUCGGAGUCUGGCCUAAUAUUUGACAUGCUCGAGAUCAUUGGUGCAGAGAGUUUGUCGCAGAGGUACCACUUUGCAGCGCAGGUGGCUCACCGACUCCCACGCUUGCAGACCAUGGUUCACGAUGACGCCUGUCACCUUAAGAGCAUGUGCCUCAAGGAGCGGCGGACGUCGGUCAUGGCGGGCAAGCUGGCUGACCUGAAUUUCAUCAUCGACGACUUCCACAGCGGGGGCCACUGUGGGGAGUGGUGCAAGACAACUUGCCUGCCCAGCUUGCAGCAGAACAAGGAUAUCCUGAAAGGCUUCCCAACCGAGAUUGCUGAGUCCGUAAACGCCCAAUUCAGUCCUUUAGGCCACUGCUUUCACCACUACAGUCCAUGGUUUGCUCAGCUUGUCAUGCAAGAGUGCGCUGAUGUGCACAACAUGACCCGGCUACAGGCGCUAGGCGACAAGCGCCGUGUGGCCGACAAGAAGCGCAAGAGGCAAGCGCUGGCACAUAGCGACAGGCAGGCGGAUUCCUGA